CGUGUCUGUUCACCAUCUCAUAUGUUUUAUUGACAGGACAGACGUUGAUGUGAAACUUUUGGAGGAUGCUCCUGCAGGGCAACCUGUCAGCUCCCAAUGGCACAGGCUCUGAUCCGUCCAUGUUCUUCCUGACGGGCAUCCCAGGGCUGGAAGCUCUGCACCCCUGGAUCUCCAUCCCCUUCUGCUCGAUGUUCACCGUGGCCCUUCUAGGAAACUGCACCCUCUUGUACGUUAUCAAGACAGAGCCCUCCUUACACAAGCCCAUGUUCUAUUUCCUCGCCAUGCUGGCCGUCAUCGACCUGGUUUUAUCCACAACCACCGUGCCGAAAAUACUGACCAUCUUCUGGUUUAAUUCCAGGGAGAUCAGCUUUAACGGCUGCCUGGUGCAGAUGUUUUUCAUUCUCUCGUUCUGCACCCUGGAGUCUGCUCUGCUGCUGGCCAUGGCCUUUGACAGGUACGUGGCCAUCUGCAACCCCCUGCGGUACGUCACCAUCCUGACCAACUCAGUGAUAGCAAAGAUCGGGCUGGCAGCUUUGGCUCGGGCUGUUCUGCCAGCAGUCCCUUUGCCUUUCCUCAUGAGGAGGCUGCCCUUCUGCCAGUCCCACGUCAUCUCCCAUUGCUACUGUGAGCACAUGGCCGUGGUGAAGCUGGCCUGUGCUGACACCAGGUUCAAUAACAUCUAUGGGAUCAUCGUAACUGUCUUCAUCGUGGGGCUGGAUCUGAUGUUCAUCGUCCUGUCAUACAUCAAGGUUCUAAGGGCUGUCUUAAGCCUGGCAUCCAAGGAAGAGCAGCUCAAGGCUUUCAGCACCUGUGGCUCCCAUCUUUGCGCCAUCUUAGUAUUCUACAUCCCCGUGGUCCUCUCCUCAACAGUACACAGGUUCGGGCGCCAUGUCGCCCCACACGUACACAUCCUGCUGGCCAAUUUCUACCUCCUCUUUCCUCCCAUGAUGAACCCCAUUGUGUACGGUGUGAAAACCAAACAGAUUCGCAUCCGAGUGCUUCUUCUGUUCCGAGGGAAGAGCAUCUAGGCUGAGCAGGAGGGGGCUGUGGAGACAUCAGGAAGCAGAGGAUGCAGGAGAGGUUUUUUGAGUUAAUUAGACAGCAUGCUUGUGGGGGCUUUGUGUAUACUGGGAUGGGAACUCCACCUCCGACUCACAGGGAGCAAUACACCGACCCCUACACGAGCGUAGCGCUGCUGGCCGGAAGGUGAUCUUGGCCAUGACCUUGUCCUCCCUUGGCCCCGUGUGUGGAGUGUGAAGGAGUGUGAAGAGGAGUGUGAAGGCUCCUUGCAACUUCUCUUUCUUUGCUGGAACAUCUGGCUUUUAUUACUGACACACCCAGCCACAGCCACGGAGGUGCAUGCUGCAGGAACAAAUGCUGUAUCUGCCCCUCAAAUUCAGUCACCUCUGAAAUGUAGCAACACACCUGGGGCCAUUUAAGCACCAGAAUAAGCUGAGUGCUGGGCUCUUCUGUGCCAAACGUGCCACGAUGGAAGCUGCUGGGUGACAACCUUGUUGUUGUUGUUGUUGUUGUUGUUAAUCUGGCCUUAGUUGUGGUUUCUGAACAUUUGAGAGUCUGUCCCCAGUGGUUUAACCCUACCACACAGCAGCACAAUGCACUAGGUCGAGAGAGGGGGGGCGAGGAAAGGUGUAUCUGCCUCAAAGAGCACUUCGAAAAUCUCCAAAUCCUCACCAGAGUGAUCUCAGGCACAAAGUGUUCAAAGUUCACUUUCUGAUACUGACAAUAAAUAAAUGAAACAGAGUAUUCUCUCUCUCUCUCUCUCUGUCUCUCUCUCUCUCUCUCUCUGUGUGUGUAUAACAUACUCAGGAAAAAGUCUUGCUCUACUUUGCUAUCACCUUUGUCCUGUUGCUUAAUAUAUGCUGGAUAACAUAUUGAUAUAUAUCGCAUUCAUAAUCUGUAUUUUCUGCACCAUAUAUAUACUAGUAGUAUGCAUUAAGUACAAAUAACAUUAACCACAAACAUAAUAAAAAAGAACUAUAUAAGUUAAAAUAAGAACUAGAUAAGUUCAUGGAGGAUAGCUUCAUCAAUGGCUAUUAGCCAGGAUGGACAGGGAUGGUGUCCCUAACCUCUGUUUGCCAGAUACUGGGAAUGGGCGGCAGGGGAUGAAUCAUUUAGGAUCAUAGAAUAUUAGGGUUGGAAGAGACCUCAGGAGUUCUGUGACAUUAUUGAAACAAACUGUGACAGUAUAGACCAUUGUUGCCACUAUAGUGGCACCAAAUCUUGUACAAAGGAGGUCAAAUAAGGUGUCUAUGAGGAGGUUAUGAUUUGCUGGUUAUGUUUA